UAAAAUGUAUGUUCAAAGAGGCUGGUGCCAAGGAGGGCAUUAUCGAUGUCCUUAUGGAAUUUAUUUUGGGCGAUAAUCCCAAUACGGUGUUGGAAAAAUUACGUCUGGAAGGUGCCACAUCGGCGGUAUGCGGCAAAGUUUUUAAAAUUGGUGAACCCACAUACAGUUGUCGUGAGUGCGGCAUGGAUCCGACCUGCGUUCUGUGUGUUAAUUGUUUUAAACAAUCCGCACAUCGUUAUCACAAAUAUAAAAUGUCGACGUCGGGCGGUGGCGGCUGUUGUGAUUGUGGCGACGAAGAAGCCUGGAAAAAGGAUCAUUACUGUGAGGAACACUUGCGGGGCAAGGAGAACAGUUCGAGCAGUACAAUCAUCACCGAUGCCAUUAAAGAACGCUGUGAAAUUGCUUUUGUGGCCAUUUUGACGUUUUGUGUCAACUAUCUGGAAAUCGAAUCGAAAGCUAGUCUUGAAUGCCUUGAUGGCGAUGGCACAGGCAAAGAUUACUUCUGCACUGUGCUGUACAAUGAUGAAUCCCAUACCUUUGAUCAGGUGAUACAAACGUUAACAAAAAUCGCCAAAGUCCAACAUAAAGAAGCAACUGAAAUUGUGGCCAGUAUAGAUCGUGAGGGCAGGGCGGUAGUCAAGUGUGAUACAUUUCUAGAGUGUAUAGCACUGAAGGAGGCGAUCGAAAAACAAUCUGUUCCCUCAAAUAUGCCCAUGGCAAAUUCAAGGGCCAACCAGUCGCUGCGUGUCUCUGUGCUGCAUAUACGGGCAGUGGCUUGCCAGCAAUUUGCUCUACAACUGCUGACAUGGUUCCAGGAGUUUUUGGUGCGUCACAGUACCUUCCGUCAGAUAUUUGCCCGCAUUGUAAUGGACAAAAAGGCGCCGUAUUGUAUACGCCAUAUUUUGGAAUAUGAUGUGGCCCUGUGGAAGACAGCCCGUACUUGUUGGCAUCGUUUACUUAUAUCGGGCAUGCUCAUGGAAUACGACAACAAAAUGGCUUUGGCUCAAGAGUUCUCCAAGAACUAUGCCACCAUUGUACAGGAUUUCAUCAGUGAUGACCAUGAUCAUUCAUUUUCCAUUGUGUCACUCAGUGUCCAGCUGUUUACCGUGCCAAGUAUAGCCCAUUAUUUGAUUGCCCGCGAGGGGAUCUUCUAUAAGCUGCUGCACACUUUCUAUCACAAGUCGAUUGAGGGUUAUAUGCAGAAUAAGACUUUACACUUUUCGAAAAAUGUCUCGACCCUGGGCCACUUUAAGAGGGCCGCCUACAUACUUUACGAUCUGCGUUAUAUACUUAGCUUUAAGCCGGACUAUUGGACGGAUGAAUUGCGUGAAGGGUUCCUCGAGGGGUGUAAGGCAUUGUUGCGUGUUUUGAAUGCCAUGCAGGGCAUGGAAUCGGUCACUCGACAAACCGGUCAACAUAUGGACUAUGAACCGGAAUGGGAGUGUGCUUUUAAUUUGCACAUUAAAUUGGCCAACACCAUAUCCUUGGUGUUGGAAUGGUGUGCCACCGACAAAGAGGUGUUGACGAAGCUGUGCGUUAUGGUAAUGCGAUACUUGCUGCAGAAUAUGUUUAUCAUUGGCCAGGCCAAAAAGGAGGUACAGAAGGUUGCCGGUCACUCUGCCGAGUGUUUAAUGUAUGAUGUGGCCUCCAAGCCGGUGUCGAUACAUUUGCCGCUAUCAAGAUUCUUUGCUGGCAUAUAUUUACACUUGGGUACCUACGGGCUGAACUUUGAUAUGAUAACAAGUUUGAAACGUACCCCCGAAGAGAUUAUGGAACCCAUACUGUGUACCCAGGUUAUGAUGGCUCAGGUCCACUCUGGCAUGUGGCGUCGCAAUGGCUAUUCCCUCUUACAUCAGCUCUAUUUCUAUCGCAAUGUUCGCUGCCGUACUGAAAUGCUGGAUCGUGACAUUGUUGGCAUGCAAAUUGGUGCUUCCCUCAUCGAGAGCAAUCAAUAUCUAAUACACCUGCUCAAUAAAUUCAAUCUAAUCGAUUGGAUUCAAGACGACUAUGAUGAUUAUAAAGUUGAACCCGCGUCCGAUGAUGAUUUCAUACGUCAGCUAUCAAUGAUUGAUGAAUUUCUGGAAUUGUUAAUUGUUAUAAUUGGUGAACGUUAUAUGCCGGGUGUGGCAGCUGUCACCGAAGAAGAUCGUACCAAAAAGGAAAUUAUACAAUUGCUGUGUAUCAAAUCAUAUUCACAUUCAGAAUUGAAUCGUGCCCUGCCUGAUUCAAAUAAUGAUACUGCCUUGGAAGAUGUUAUCGAUUCGGUGGCUGUCUUUAAGAAGCCACAAAAAACCGAUGCCAAGGGUGUUUAUGAACUCAAGGAAGAGCUAUACGAUGAUUAUAAUAUGUACUUCUAUCACUACACCAAGGAGGAUAAAUCCAAAUCGGAAGAGACACAACGUUUGAGGCGUAAAACCAAAGGUGAAUUGGUGUGUUGUCCACCACCAAAGUUGCCCAAGCUAACGGAUGCUUUUGUAACAAUUGCCAAUUUGUUACAAUGCGAUGUUAUGAUGCACCUAAUGAAAACAAUUUUGGAUCGAGCCCUAGAUUUGAAGAGGAAAUCCUUCCAAGAAAAUCAUUUGCAAAAGAUACUAUUCCUUAUCGGCUAUGGCUUGCAAGAAGAAGAAUCGGAAAAUUAUCCCUUCUUACAAUUCUAUCAAUGGGCUCAAAAAUAUAAACUUUUACCCAAACUUGAGGAAUUAUCACGCAGCAGCAGGGUUGAAGCUCAUCGUGAUUUCAUUUUAUGGACCAUUAAAAAAUUCAAAGAUUUGCAAGCCAAACAACCCGUAACCGCCGAAGGUUUAGAACGUAUGCAAAGUGAUGAUAUGGAAGCGAGUGCCGCAUCAUCGAAUAAUGAUAGCUCGGCCGGAGGUGCGGGUGGUGAUGAUGCCGCCCUGCUGUUAACCUCAGCCGAACAGGAGAAACGCGAAAAGGAGGAACGUGCACGCUUGGCAGCCGAAAGACGUGCCAAAAUUCUGGCCCAAAUGCAAUCGGCCCAAAAUAAAUUCAUGACUUCGAAUGCGGAAAUGUUUGCCAGUGCCAACGAUGUGGCCAGUGAUACUAAUGCUAGCUCAGCCAUGGAAUGGCAAGAUGACAAUUGUCUCGAAGGAGCGGUGGCCUACAAUUCCACUGCCUGUUUGGGUGUGGAAAGGCGUCUCCAACAACCCGAGGAGGAGAAAUACAAUUGCAUUCUGUGCUUUGAAGAGGCCACCGUUAGUAAAGAGGGACCCACCCUUGUCUAUUCGGCCUUUGUACAAAAAUCCAAGGUCCUUAAACCGGAAUCGAAUUAUCCCUAUUCCAUACACACCAGCAGUUGUGGUCAUGUAAUGCACGUCAAUUGUUGGCAGGAAUACUAUAACAAUGAAGAAUCGAAGGAGAUACGCCGACCCAGACGUCACCCCUUGCAAAUAUUCCCCUCAUCGCCUAGCACAGAAUUCCAAUGUCCCUAUUGUCGUUGUCUCAGUAACACUGUGCUGCCAUUGACACCACCUCUAUCCAAAUACUCCAUACCAAAUGUAUUUCAUGCUGGCGAUGAAAUGUUCCCCAUCGAUCUGUGGAUCGAAGGUAUUCGCGUAUUUGGUGAAAAACUUAAUAAUCUCAUAUUGGCCGAAGAUCCAGACCUAUGGAGUUUCCAUUUACCUGAAUGGUUACCCACACUCAAGGAGGCCCACAUACCCAUUGAUCCAAAACAAUUUGAUAAAAUGGCCCAACCAACUCCACGUAGUGAACUACCCACAAGUUGGAUUAAUUUCGUCCAGCACUACAUCAAGUCGUUGAAACGUAACGAAGAUGAAGGCUUACUGAAUAUGUGGCAUUCGUGCGUGUACACCGUGCAAUCUUUGGAGGUCUAUUUACGUUCGGUGGGAAAACCAUUAAAGGAUGAAAUGUCCAUACGCCAUCAGAGUUGUUUGAGUGGCCUAAUACGGGCUUGUUGUCUGUACAGUGGUAAUCUGACGCAAUCCGAUAUUAAGAACUUGAUCAAACCUGUGGCGGAGCUGUUAAAUGUUGUAUUCAAACAUAACGGCGAUUCAGUAUUGGAAUGGAAUUGUUUCAGCAAAAUGGUAUCGACAAUUAUGAUGGUGCCCAAUCUACUGUUUGCCCGAAAUCGAGAUGUUUCUGUUGUAGCCAAUGGCAGCUUAAUGGAUUUCUAUACGCUGCAGGUUUUCCUGCUCGCCAAUGUUGUUAAAUCGUUGAUUUUAUUUGAACAACCUGCCGAAGGUCUUCUUAUGGACAUUGAGGAAGAAGAUUAUGUGGCCAUCAGUGAUAAACAAUUGGAAAAUAUUUCCACAUUCUUUAAUAAAUAUAAUAUACAGGCCAGACAAAAGGCGGCGGUGGCGGCACAACAAGAAAAAAAAACAAACAAUGGAGGAGGUGGAGGAGAAAGUAAACAACAACAGCAGCAAGAACCACAGUCAAUGGGCGAUAACAAUGCUGAUGCGGAAGUCUCUGGCCAAAAAUCACAAUUGUUAAGUCCACAGUUGGUAACCGCCCUAUUGGAUCACAUUAAAAUGGAAAUGCGUGAAUUCCUCCGUUGUUCCUGCCUCUUUUUCCAUUUUGUUACCGAUGUGGAAUUCCCCGACUAUUUGGCCACCAGCGACAGUGAUACCUUCGAGAAUAUGUGUAAAUAUUUGGGUUUGAAUAGCCAGCUGGAAUCGUACUUUGAUAUGGCAACACCCUACGCCACAAUUAUGGAAAUGUUUGCCUCGCAUCACGAUAUUACCAAUUUGGAAGUGGCCACGACGAAAAUUAAGAAAACCGGUGAUCCUCUCGUCAUCGUACCAUGUAUUCGACCAGUACCGCCGUUGGUUAGCCUACCCGAAGAUUAUAGUGAUCUAAUAAAUAGUGUAUCCGACUUCAGCUGCCCGAAUAAUGAGCGCGAAGAAAUGAAAACGCCCACAAUGUGUUUGGUGUGUGGUGAGAUACUGUGUGCCCAAUCGUAUUGUUGUCAACCGGAGCUGGAUAGCCGUAAUGUGGGUGCCUGCACCUAUCAUGCAUAUUUCUGCGGUGCUGAAAUUGCACCAUUCUUGCGUAUACGUGAUUGUCAGAUUGUAUAUUUGGGCAAGAAUAAGGGAUGCUUUGUCCAGCCACCUUAUUUGGAUGAGUAUGGUGAGACGGAUCAGGGGCUGAGACGUGGUAAUCCGUUGCGUUUGUGUCCCGCACGUUAUAGUAAAAUACAUUUGACCUGGUUGGGUCAUGGUCUGCAUGAGGAAAUUGCACGACUUAAUGAUCAUUCGUCGGCAAUAACAACACAAUGGCAUCAUAUGUAGUUCAA